CAAGUGCAAGUAUUCAACUCGAUCUUUGCGUUUGACAGAAUCUUCUUCUUCGAUACGAGAUGAUUUCGGAAAUAGAAAGUGCACUUUACUGCCUGUGACAUUGUUUCUUUUUUCUUUGAGUAGUUGAGUUUGAUACAUAGUCCGCGAGUCUAUUGAGUGGAUUUUUAGUGUUUCGCCCGCGAAUGAUGGAAAGGCUGGUGACAUGAAUUCACUACGCCGUUCAUCCAUCAACGCUCCCAAACCGCAUCCUUCAUCUGGUCCACCGGGAUCUGGUAUAUUGAAGGUUGCUGUGCAAACUGAAGGCCAACAACCGCUGCUAUAUGAACUCGAUCAAAAACAACCACUGCUGAACAUUGUACGAGAUGUUUGCUCAAAAUGGUCCCUGGCAAAUCCGGACAAGUAUUGCCUUCAACAUAGUGAUACCAAGGAAUUCAUCACUGAAAAGACCCGCCAUCAGUUGAAGAAUGGAGCACUUCUGCGCGUCGCUGAACUGCCUAAACGCACAGUCACCGACAUAUGCAAUGCACUUUUAUCAAGGGACCCGCAGGAAAUGGCCAGGACUCUGAGCACGCUACCUCAGACAAUAGCGGAGGAGGAGCGGGUUCAAGAGUUUGUCUCAAAGAGCGGUCUCAAGAUUCUAGUUACACAGAUAUUGACAUACCAUGAGAAAUUGGAAGAUAGCCUUGCUGGACCAAUUGCCUUCGCACGAAAACUGCUUGAAACGAACCGGUUAUGGGAAGUAGCAUCAGAACCGUUUAUUAUUUUGCUUUUAAGAUUUGCGAAUGCAUCUCCGUAUUGUAGCGAGGCUGCGUUUACUUUCCUUACGUCGGGGAUACGGAAUGCCAGCCCAUUAUUCCUCGAGGCAGUGCUGAUGAACGUCUCAAUCAAGGGCAUCACUGCAGUUUUUGGAAGCCACCCAGCAUCGAUUGACACGAAAGUUGCCGCCCUUAGGUUUCUCAACACUCUCCUUUCCAAAAGCGAACUGACGAAACGGUUUGAGCUGUUGCAGGAAGUACACAAGAAAUAUAUGCCUGAGCUUAUUUACAAGAAUAUCAUUACUAAAACGGGAAUAACGGAUGAGCUAGCUUUCCAGCUCACCACUUUCCAAACACUCUACUUAUCUCUAGUGGGCAAGAAGCUGCAUAGCCCGUAUGACCGUGAAGACAAGUCUCAUCAGUCGCUCCUCCUCAGCUUCAUGAUGGCCUGCCAAGCAUCGAUGGGACGCAUUCGACCGGUUGGUAUCAGCUCACUGUCGUCGCCAUCAGCAGUAUCAGUCGAGUUCCCGGAUGUCGACACGAGUCGGAUGGGAUUAAUGAAAAGCGAACCAUCCGACGAGUUCCAGGAGGUGCCUGGUGGCUUAUUGGCAUUGGAAUGCCUGUCACAUUUUACAAUGAAUUGGUCAGAGGAGUGCGAUCAGCAUUUUGUGAGCAAUUUGUCGCGUACCUCUAGUCAGCAGUGCCCAUUCGUCCGAGGUGGCUUUGCUGUGGUGAGGAUAGUUGCUGACAUCCUUGGCGUAAUGAGAAAAUCUCCGGGACCCGACUCGCAUUUCUUAAAGAUUUUCUUCUCGACGAGAUCCUGCUUUGAGGACGUAUUCUCAUUGGCCAUGCAGGUCUUCAACAAAACCUGGAGAGAAAUGGGAGCGUUAACAGUGGAUGUGGACAAGGUUGCGACUGUAGUCAAGAAGCAUGUGUCACUCGUCCUCAUGACUAACAAUGCGGACUGGACGGCUUUCAAGGCUGGCCUCUGGGAAAUGAACUACACCAAGAUCUCCAGCGUCAUCGAGGACGAGAAGAGUCGGGUGGACGACACGACGUCUCAGUCCGCUCCGGCCAAGGAGCUAUCGGCGCGAAUCUCUCCGGAGAUCAUGGAACUGGUGAAGACGCAGCGCCUCAACACACUGGUAGCCGGCGACUUCUUCCCCAACUGGAAGGAGAAGGAGAAAGGCCGACAAAAGAGCACAGUGUGCUGUCGCCUGCACUCCAAUCGCAUGGUACUGCACUGGGCCGAGUGUGAACUUACCAACGUCACACCAGUGCCCUAUGAGCAGCUCACCAACAAAAUUCAAAUCUCCGAAGUAAGAGAGCUCGUUAUCGGCAAGGAUUGUCCACAUGUCAAGUCAUCCAGCAAGAAACCAGGCACGUGGAGUAACUUUGCAUUUGCACUGAUGUACAACAACGAUGACCACAUCGGCUUCCUGGUUGAAGAUGAGCGGACGUUUGCCAGCUGGGUAGAUGGCUUACGUGUUCUGCUCAAACAACCAAUGAAUGAGCCAUCAUCGCUGGCCGACAUUGAAAUGAUGCUGGAGAUGGAACUGAAAGUACGACUCCUCAACGUUGAGAAUAUCAAGCUUCCCGACCAGCCACCAAAGAUCCCACCAGAACCAGCAGACUUUGAAUUCUACUAUCAAGCCGAGGAAGACUUUCCUCCGUAGCCUAGCGUUUUAUUGUGUGUGUGCUUCACUCCGGUUGUGCCUUUACUUCCGGAGCACCAUUUAUAUGUUCGAGUCCUGGUACUCUCUACAAUCAUACAUGGCUGAUUGUACAUGGUCGUGGUAAAGCAAAGACCAGGGAGUCGUAAAAUACGACUCCCUGGCAAAGACGUGCCUGUAUGCCGUGCCUGUAUGCCGUGCCUGUAUGCCGUGCCAUGACAACUGAACAAUCAUACAGACUGACUGUGAAGGUGAUACAGCCAUACUAGUCUGUAGUGUAGCUGUGGCUAUGACCAUGAUGACCAUGAUGACAAGUAGAGUCUACCUGGUCUACCAAGGCAACCCGCAAGGUUCCCUCUCUGCUUUGAACUGUAAACAGCUCUUUUUUCUGAAGUAACUGCAUGUGUGUUUCUGAACAUUCAAGCGAUGCCGACGCGGAUCCCGCGAAUAUUAUUAUCAUUUAUUUACUAGUCAAGAUUUAUUUAUUAACUGCAUGCAUUGUAAUUAUUUUAGUUUGAUUACUGACUAUACCUGCGCAAUGCUGGCUGCGCGGCGCCGAUGCAGCCUUUUUUUU